AGCCGUAGUUUAUCAGUGAUGACUUAUUGAAAAUAAAUAAAACGCUAUUUUAGUUUUUGGAAUUAUACUCAGAAAAUAAAUGGCAAACCUAUUUAGAAUAUUAUUUGUAGCAUAUAUUGUUCUGGACGAAUGUACGAGUGUUUUUACAGAUAAUAAAAACUUAUUAGCAGUUGUUCAGAUCUUUAGACAUGGUCAAAGAACACCAACAUCAUUUUAUCCAAAUGACAGAUACGCUAAUCCUCGUUAUUGGAAGGGUGUAGAAAACGGCGAAUUAACAAAUGAGGGUAAAAAACAACAGUACGACUUGGGAAAAUUCACUCGAAAGAGAUAUCAAGGAUGGUUAUCUACAAGAUACGACAAAAAAGAUUUUUAUGCUCAAACGACAGAUUUCGAAAGAACCCAAAUGUCAGCUCUUGCCAAUAUAUAUGGUCUAUAUCCUGCAAAAAAUGAUCAAGUGUGGUAUCCUGCAACGGACUGGCAACCCAUUCCUGUACAUGUAGCGGAUCCAAACGUCCUUGCACCAUUUCCACCGGCAUCUUGUGUUGGUUACUACCGUGAGAAGGCCAACUAUCUGUCAAGUAAAGAAUCGUUAGCCAUUGAUGCAAAGUAUUUUUAUGUAUAUGAAUAUCUGACGAAGAAAAUUGGUGCUAACAUAACUUCUUACGCCCAGAUCCAUCCUAUAUUUGACUCUCUGGAGGUAGAGCAGCAGGUUGGUCUGAAACUACCGGAAUGGGCUACGAUGGUAUUUCCACAACCCCUAAAAUAUUUGACUGCUCAUUUUUUUAAUGCUGCAUCGCAUACUAGAAAACUGCAGAGACUUAUUGUAGGUUCCCUAAUAUACGAAAUCAUUAACUACUUUGAUACUAUGUCAGUAGAUCCCAAAUCAUCUCCAAAGUUCCAAAUGUAUAGUGCCCACGAUUAUACCUUAGCAGCAGUAUUAAAUACCCUCGAAGCAUACCAGUUACCUCCUUAUAUAGAAUUUGCUAGUUGUAUCUAUAUAGAACUAAGAAAAGACGAAAGAGGGCAUUAUGUCAACAUAUGGUUUAAAAACGAGCCCGACAAUUUGGAAACAAUUAUCAUCAAGGGAUGCACUUUUAACUGCCCCUUAGAAACUCUUAAGGUAUUGUUAAAUGAUGUUCUUGUGGAUGUAAGUACAAAAGAAACCGAGUGUAAUACUGUUAUACCAUUUGUAAGCGAUGUAGCAGAAACCGUUUUUGAGAAAAUGAUUGAGCAUUUGCCCCGCCAAAAUAGAGAAGCUGCAAAAAUUUUACCAUAAGUAUGUGAAUGUAAUGUUGUUUUUAUAUUGUGAUUAAAUAAAUUUUAUUGAUUUUAUUUU